UGCUGCCAACCCCGAGCUGCUCUGUAAAUUUGAGCAGGAGCCAGAGCCAUGGCUUGAAGAUAUCCAGGGCCAGAGGAGCCUUCUAGAGCAUCACCCAGGAAAAAUCCAGACGGGCUGUCUGGAAGGAACAGACGUGGAGAGUACUGCCAAGGAGAGUGGGCAGUGCCUGCCGCCCCAGGAGAGGGCCUGCCUUACCCACUGCAGUGCAGAGGGAGACUGGGCAGGAAGAAGCAAGAAGCCCCUGAGGCCCCGAUCGAUCCAGAAGUCUUGGUUUACGCAGUUUCCCUGGCUGACCAUGAACGUGGAGCAGACGGCUCUGUUCUGCUCAGCUUGCCGAGAGUAUCCAUCCGCCAGGGACAAGCGAUCGCGGUUAAUAGAAGGUUACACGGGACCCUUCAAGGUGGAGACGCUCAAAUACCACGCCAAGAGCAAAGCCCACCUGCUCUGUGUCAACGCCUUGGCCGCCAAGGACCCCACCUGGGCAGCCCGUUUCCAGAGCAUCCGAGACGCUUCUGGAGACGGCCUAGCCAGCCCCGAGCACCUCUCCAGUGCGGAUUAUCCCGUGUUCUGCCCGUUGGGGCCUCUGGAAGACCUCGAAAGCAUGACGGAACUCCUGCCCAGCUCGAAAGCAGAACUGGAGGAGCCCGGGGAGAAUGGAGCAAUGCCUGGGUUAUAUAUAGACUGCGUUAAAGACCUGGAGCCAAAAGAAAUCUCCGACCAUACCAACAGCUCCUCAGAUACUAACAUUGCUGUUGAAUUCUGCAGUCAGCUUGAACUUUGGAGUGGCCUAGCACUUUUAAACCACAGAAGGUUUUCUCGUAUGUGCUUGAGAUCGUGUCUACCGUGGCUGUGCGGCUGCUGGACAAAUGCUGUUAGACUCACCUUGGUGGGAGGAGACUGCGUCCCAGGUGGCUCUGCCGAGAGGUGCUCUGAGGCAGGUGUGCAGUCCGGGCGCUUCUGCCGACCAGGCUGGACUCCAGCCCCAGCCCUUGAUCUCCCCCUUCCCCACCUUGGUGAUCAGCUGGGGCUUCCCUCCUGCUCCCACUGCACUUCCAGCUGUGCUGGAGCCUAAAGCCGCUGACUGCAGGCUGAUCUUAUAAUUAACUAGAUGUUUGGGGAGUUGGUACCGCUCCUGCCCGGGUCUGUUUUCUGUUAUAGCGGAACACUUGAGAUGGAGGCAGUUCAUCAGGAAAGAAGUCCUUUUGUGACUGGUGGUUCCGGAAGCCAGGAAGCCCCAAGGACAGAGCUCCCAGGAGGGUCCCGUGCUGCUGCAACUUGCAAUGCACAGUGGAAGGGCACGUGAGCAUAUGCAGGAGAGGUGAACCCUGGGGAGACCUUGCUUGUAUCCGUCGGAUCUUGCAGGGACUAAGCCCAUCUCACCCGUGAGGAACCAGCUCCCCUCCGAGUCAUUGAUCUUCCUUAUCAACCUGAUUGCCUCUCACAGGCUCCAGCUCCCCAUGCCACCCCAGUGGCAAUCACAUUCCAGCAUGAGUGUUACAGGGGAAGAACCGUGACCACACCAGCUGGGUUCACUGGGAUCUCUAUCUAGUGAAAAGCCUUCCCAUACUGCAUGUAAGUGGGAUUUUACUACUGAUCAUUUUUAGUGCUGCCUCUGAGUCUGAUGAGAAGCUAUCAGUUAGUUGUUCUUUGUAAGUAGGCAUUCGGAGUGAGAUUGCAAAAUCCAGAAAAACAGCAAUGCUUGUUCCUCUUCAUAAUCCUUGAGUACCUCUUUGUAUCAGAAGCUACUAAACACAUCUAACCUUUAAUCAUCUGAAGUGCUCUGGCAGUGAGGCAUGUGUCCGUCUGGCUCUUGAACAUUCUAGUUCCUUCUUCCUCUGCCCCCUCUUCUUCCUUUCCAUCCCGCUGGGAGGACUUGGCAGGCUGUGCUCAAGACAGAUGCGUGGACAGCGUCGUUCCAGGGUGCAGUCAGAGGCUCCAUGGAGGUGCCGGUUCUUCCCCAGGCAAGCCUGGGGUCUGACUGGGACCUGUCGGACCCUCCGGAAGAGGGGCUGUUGGAGGAGCUUCCGGUGGUCCUUGAGGAGCUUCCGGUGGUGUUUGAGGAUGUGGCAGUGUAUUUCACCCGGGAAGAGUGGGGCAUGCUAGACAAGCGGCAGAAGGAGCUGUACAGAGACGUGAUGCGGAUGAAUUAUGAGCUGUUGGCCUCCCUGGCAGAGCCUGUUGGCGCCAAGCCUGACCUGAUCUCCAAGCUGGAACGGAGAAGUCCACCAUGGGUCAAGGACCUGAAUGGACCCAAGUUGGGAAAAGACUGCCCUCUAGGGAAAAAAAAAGUGGUGGUUACAGGAGAGGUAGACAUGGAAACCUCAGCUGUGGAACCCGCAUCGCUCCCUGCUCCUUCUGCGGAGACAAGUCCCUCCUAUGACUGCAGUUCCAGCCUUUGUGAAGUGGGCACAGAGGGUCCCGGGAAGGUCAAGAGGACUUACCGCCCACGGUCCAUUCAGAGGUCGUGGUUUGGGCAGUUCCCCUGGUUGGUCAUUGACCCCAAAGAGCCCAAGCUGUUCUGCUCAGUCUGCAAGGAAAGACCCACUCUGCAUGACAAAUCGUCUCGGCUGGUCAGAGGUUACACGGGGCCUUUCAAAGUGGAGACGUUAAAAUACCACGAGGUCAGCAAAGCACACAAGCUCUGCGUCAACACUGUUGAAAUCAGAGACGACGCCCCGCAGCCUACCCUGGUCCCAGAGAUCUCCAACGAUCUCAUGGCCAACAUGGAGCACUUCUUCCACGCUGCCUACUCCAUUGCUUACCACUCGAGGCCCUUGAAUGACUUUGAGAAGAUCCUGCAGCUUCUGCAGAACACUGGGACUGUGAUCUUAGGCAAGUACCGAAACCGCACUGCCUGCACACAGUUCAUCAAGUACAUCUCUGAGACGCUCAAGAAGGAGAUUCUCCAUGACAUCCGCAAGUCUCCCUGCAUGAGCGUGCUGCUGGACAGCUCCACGGACACCUCAGACCAGGCCUGUGUGGGCAUUUACAUCCGCUACUUGAAGCAGGUAGAGGUGAAAGAGUCCUACAUCACGCUGGCCCCCGUCCACAUUGAGACCGUGGAUGGAUAUUUCGAGACCGUCGUUUCUGCGCUGGACGAGCUGGACAUCCCUUUCCGGAAGCCUGGCUGGAUGGUGGGCCUGGGAACCGACGGCUCCGCCAUGCUGAGCUGCAAAGGAGGCCUUGUGGAGAGGUUCCAGGAGAUCAUCCCCCAGCUGCUGCCUGUCCACUGUGUGGCCCACCGGCUGCACCUGGCCGUGGUGGACGCUUGUGGCAGCAUCGAUCUGGUGAGGAAGUGCGACAGGCACAUCCGGACUGUCUUCAAGUUUUAUCAGUCCUCAAACAAAAGGCUGAGUGAGCUUCAGGCAGGAGCCACUGCCCUGGAGCAGGAGAUCAUCCGCCUCAAGGACCUGAAUGCUGUCAGGUGGGUGGCCAGCAAGAGGCGCACACUGAAUGCGUUUAUCACCAGCUGGCCCGCCCUGGCUAGGCACCUGCAGGGCGUGGCAGAUGCUGGGGGCCCGAAUGGACAGAGGGCCAGGGGCAUGCUGAAGCUGAUGAAGGGCUUCCAUUUCAUCAAGUUCUGUCACUUUCUUUUGGACUUCCUGAACAUCUAUAGGCCCUUGUCUGAGGUGUGCCAGAAAGAGAACGUGCUGAUUACAGAGGUGAACGCGACGCUGUCACAGGCCUAUGUGGCACUGGAGACCCUCCGUGAGGAGGCAGGGCCCCAGGAGGAGGAGUUUAAUGCCAACUUCAGGGACGACCAACUGCAUGGCAUCUUCCUCCAAAGAGUGGAGAUGGCAGAGCAGCGGUUCCAGACAGACCGGGAGAGAACGAUCCUGAUCGGGCUACAAUACCUGCAGCAAAGGUUUGACACAGAGCGGCCCCUGCAGCUCAAGAACAUGGAGGUGUUUGACACCACGGCCUGGCCAGCUGGGGUGGAUCUGGCCAGUUUGGGGAAUGAUGAUAUUCUUGCCCUUGCCAAGUAUUUCAGGCUCUCCCUUCCCACGGCGUACAGCGAGGAUGCACUCCUGGAGGAGUGGCUGGACCUAAAAGCCAUUGCCCAAAACCUCCCAUUCUCCAUGCUGUGCAAAAAUGCCCUGGCCCAGCACCAGCGCUUCCCCUUGCUGAGCAAGCUCAUGGCCGUGGUGUGCUGUGUGCCCAUCUCCACCUCCUGCUGUGCACGGGGAUUCAAGGUCAUGAACCGGAUCAGGACCGAUGAGAGGACCAAGCUGUCCAAUGAGGUGCUCAACACACUCAUGAUGACGGCAGUGAAUGGCGUCGCCGUCGCAGAGUACAACCCCCAGCCCGCCAUCCAGCACUGGUACCUGACCUCCUCAGGCCGCCGCUUCAACCACGUCAAUGCCUGUGCCCAGGGGCCAGCCCGCUCCCGUGCCAGUGCAGGACUCAACAAACAGGAGGCGGGCAUGCGCUGUGCCAAGGGGUCUGUGACCCAGCAGCAGCUGCCUGUCAUGCCCUCCAGGGAGUCAGAGGAGGUGCUGAAGGACUGUGUCCCAGAACCUCCGGGAGAGCCCUGUCCCCGCAUGCCAGCCUAGGAGCCCCUGAGCCAGCCUGAGGAACUGCUCGUAGGACAGCCCUCUGCAGAAUCAGGGCUGCCUCAGUUCUCCCUUUGCAGAGUCCCUCUGUAAAGACAGCAGAAGCCCCCACCCCCAAGAGGCAAGGUAAUUGGGCGGUACACCUCCUGUUGACCUGGGCCCCUCCACAGGCACAACAGGACCCUCCGUGCACAGAGAAGCUGAAAAGGCUCUCAUCUCAAGUUUGUUUCUGAGGCACAGCAGGAAGUGAUCAUGGAAGAUUUCACCUUAUGUCCUGGUGGCAAGAGGACAUCUCCAAGUGGGAGAGACUGUUGGAGGUGGGAGCCUAACAGGGUAUCCCAGCCCUCCAGGCACUCCUAGGGAAUGCUCCAGAGAGGCCACCCCAGAGCCUUGGUGCAGGUGGCAGGAGGGAGGAAGGUCACUUUGUUAGGGCUACGAAUAACCCUGCUGAAGGGACAGCUGAUCUACCUGCAAGCAUUCACGCAGGUCAUCAUGGUGGGUCUCUUGCCCUGGCUCCUAUGGCAAAUCUGGUGGGAAACCCUCAUCACAGAGCAUCUUGCCUUCCACCUGGGACCUGCCUUUAGGGUACCACAAGACACUUGGACAGAGAACCCAAGAAAGGUUAUCUUCUCACAGCUCCUGGAUGGGGGCGGAGCCGGUGCUUUUCCUAGAAGGAAUACAGAGUGCCAGAUCUUGGAGCCGUCGGACUUGACCUAUAGCAUGCCAGACCCAUUUCCUUAUGGGGUGUGUGGGGCCUUAUCAGAAAGCCCUAUUCCUCACACACCUUGCACGCUGCCUGUGUCUCCAGUGUCCGAGCCCUUUGGCCGGGCCUCUUCCCCAGGAGUUUGGCUAUUCCAGCUGCUGGAAGUCCCUCAGAUGCUGAUGUCCAAGUACCUCACCGCCCCCCAGACCCACUGCUGGCUUUCCCUCCAUUCCCAUCAGCUCACUGGCACUUGGCCUUAAUGUCUGCUCUCAUCAGGGGUUUCUUUCUCAGGUUCCGCCUUUCCCCUGUGGCAGAACCUUGACAUCUGAUGGGUGCCACAGGCUUUGGAGCUGGAACUCUGGCAGGCACUUCUCUCCACGUGGCCUAAGUGGAGCACGGCUCUCCCCUGUGUAAAUGGUCAUGGGAGUUCAGGCCUGUGCCCAAGCCAGGGACUGUGGGCACAAUUAGGUGGGAUGGGACAGGGGUCGUAGUCCCCACCCCAUCCACCCGGAUCAGACUGCAGAGCCCUUCCAGCGAUGGCACCCUUCUUGUCACAGCUUUCAUCAUAUAAGAGCCCCUCUGAGUGAGCAGGUGGGCAGGUCCCUGCGCACCCCACACGUGCAGGCUCUGAGCACACCAUCCAGUGCCUUCUGGGCUGCUCUGAGCAGGGCAACUGAAAAUGUAAUUUAUCCUAGGUGUUUGCACUACUCACAGUUCCCAAGGGUGCCCCCUUUGCCAGCUCAAGGCAAGGAAGAAAGAAGAGGACCACUGUGCUCCCAGAUCCCACAGUGGGGGUGUGGUGAGUGACCUUUGAGUAGUCUUGGGGCCCAGGUUGGCCCUGCAUCCACAGGCUGCCUGCGUCUUAGAGCCCAAGGCCACAGAGCGCCUUGCUGGAGAUAGCUCAUGUGGGUGCGUGCGGCACUGCGAAGGGCACUGCGGCAGAAGGAGCAGGCCCUCUCCCCUGGCUCUUGCUGCCCCACCCAUAGUCCUAACAGCACCCCCUCCUAUGCAGCCUGGCUCCUCUCCCUUUCUGUUCCCGAUGAACAGUGCCCACUGGGGCUGACGUUCCAAGUAGCCAGCUUUAUAACUGACACAUGGAUUUUAUAGCCAUAGAGACGCCAGGUGGAGUGAUGCACUGGGCCCCUGUCCUGAUGAGGCACCUUACAGAGAGGAGCCUUGUCCAGCCCUGUGUUUCUUUGUCCUGCAAGGGGCAAGUACCUGCGGUGAACAUGAGCCAGGUCCUUCAUGGAAGUGUCCUUGUAGCCAAGAACUCCGAUGGGCAACUGGCCCUGGACUGCCUCACCUGCAGUUUUAAAGAUGUGCAAAUAAGGUAUUGCUGUUGUUUUUUAAGAAAUCAUGGUUGACUUUUCACCCUUUCCUAUCUGAAUAAAGCAGAGUUUAUUUCAACAGGUGUCUGAACAAGAAGCAGGAGGGAGAAGCUGAUUAAAACGAGCUGGAUCAUCCCCCUUCCAAGGGAGGCCAUGGCCAAGGGCGGGGACAGCGGUGAUGUUGUGUGUGUGUGUGUACACUUUUUGAGUGUCUUUUGGUUUCAUUUCUCUCCCGUCCUUGUGAGUGAGUCAGUUUGGACCAGUGAAAAUCAGAAGGCAGAGAUGAGGUGCCAGCUGCCAAGAAAGUUGUAAGCAAAUGCUGGGCUAUCCUACGUUUGCUAAGCAUCUCCUAAACAAGCCAAAAUUCCAAGUUCAAAUCCUCUACUUCCAGCAGUAGUUGACAGCUGCUGUGCCAGACCCGCCACUGGACAGAAGGUUCUCGAGGUCCCUUCUGGGGCCCUGGGCAGCUGUCUGGCAUUAGUCUGACCUCACCAUCAGGAGUGAGCAAUGCUGUACAGAGGCUGAAGGUACCACCAGUUCUAGGGCUGAGGAGAACCAGUCUUAUUUGACUGUGUAUGUGACUUAAGGACACUAACAUGACCAAUAGAAGCCAAGGUGUAGCUAGGGGUGCUCCGUGUCAGAGUAGUCAGAAGUGCUUGAACUGGUGCCCACCCAGCCCAGAAGCUCUUCCAGGCUGGACCAGGGCAGCAUCCCCUUAUCUGCCCUUCCCAGGGCUUCCCCUUGGUGGAUGAAUCCUAUGCUCAGAACAUGGUGUCGUGGCGACCUUGCAUUCAUGCUGGGCAUGUCUCUGCAGGGGCAGCAGCCAGGCAGUCUCUUGCUUCGCCUUUGCUAGAAAUAUCGGAGUUUGCACUGAGGCCCAAGAAGGUGAUGUGCCCUGCCUCUUUUCCAAGAGCACCUGUGACACCCCCUGUGCACAGCUGCCAGGCUGGUGCUGUCAAGAUGUGUCAACCUUCAUUCUGUGGGUCAGCAUGGCCUUCAUUCCGGAAGCCUUUCCUGCACCCUUGUGGGCUCCUGCUGUGCUGGCCCUGGCCCAGGCUCUGGUUUUGCAGAUGCUGCCUCUGAACACAGCUUGUGCUGCACCCAGCACCUGUGCACCUGCAGAUGGAAAGAUGGAAACCCAGAACUUUUUUUUUUUUUUUUUUGUCAAGGUCAGGACAGCCACUAGAGAGCCCCAGGAGAGUGGGCUUCUGCCUGGAACCCAUCUGGCACACACCGCAGUGGUACUCCGGAGCGUCUGUCCUGCUGGAAGGACAGGAGACAGAGAUGCUGGCCAUGUUCUGGGCAGCAAAAGGCCUCUGGGCGAUGGUAGUUUAUGUUGCUAGUGGUCCUGAGCUGCAGGGACAUGUGUCAUGGCCGGAAGUGACUCUGCUUUUUGGUAUACACAUCUGCCCCAUCUCCACAGGGAUUUUGACAUGCCUCCCAAGGUCCCCUUGGGUGAAAAACCCUUGCCACACCUGGGAUACCUGAAGGGUCCCU